CAACUCACAUCGUGCGGUCAAAACCAGUUCGAUGCAACCAAGGCUAGGGAUCGGCCAGCGGUUGGUGGCCCAUUCCGUGCCGUGCCAUACCUCAGCGUCACCGCCGCCGCCUCGAUCCCGCCUCUCGGGGACGCGCACCGCCGUUUCCCUUCUUCCUCGCCCCCCGGCACAUCCUGCUGCCGCCUCCACCCAGCCCGUCUCCGGCCACCUGGGUCUCCUUCCUUCCUUGGAGUUGGACAUGGCAUCAUCAUCUGCUACCAUCAGUUCACUUGGCGCUCAGGCCGCUCUGGUUUCAAAGCCAAAGAAUCAUGGCAUCAGUGGCACAAAGGCAUCCUCAUCAAUUAGCUUCGGAUUGGGGUCCUCAUUCCUGGGCAAGACGGCGUCUCUUCGGGCAUCUGUAACCACAAGGUUUGCGCCAAAGGCAAAGCCGGUGGCUCGGAUACUACCGGAGGCAUCUUACAAAGUGGCGGUACUUGGUGCUGCUGGGGGCAUCGGCCAACCAUUGGGCCUGUUGAUCAAGAUGUCUCCUUUGGUCUCAGAACUGCGCCUGUACGAUAUUGCAAAUGUCAAGGGAGUCGCCGCUGAUCUCAGCCACUGCAACACGCCUUCCCAGGUUAUGGACUUCACUGGCCCCGCGGAAUUGGCCAGCUGCCUGAAAGGUGUGGAUGUUGUUGUCAUCCCCGCCGGUGUCCCAAGAAAGCCAGGGAUGACCCGUGAUGACCUUUUCAACAUCAACGCCGGCAUUGUCAAGUCACUUAUAGAGGCUGUUGCUGACAAUUGCCCUGAGGCCUUCAUCCAUAUUAUCAGCAACCCAGUCAACUCCACAGUGCCGAUUGCUGCUGAAAUUCUGAAACAGAAGGGUGUAUACAACCCCAAGAAGCUUUUCGGAGUUUCCACCCUAGAUGUUGUCAGAGCUAACACAUUUGUAGCGCAGAAGAAGGGCCUCAAGCUCAUUGACGUUGAUGUCCCAGUUGUUGGUGGUCAUGCUGGAAUUACAAUCCUGCCUUUGUUGUCGAAGACCAGGCCAUCUGUCACCUUCACGGACGAGGAAACUGAAGAGCUGACGAAGAGGAUACAGAACGCCGGGACAGAGGUGGUGGAGGCGAAAGCGGGCGCUGGAUCUGCUACCCUGUCCAUGGCUUAUGCCGCUGCCAGAUUUGUCGAGUCUUCACUCCGCGCACUGGCUGGUGAUCCAGAUGUUUACGAGUGCACAUAUGUUCAGUCUGAGUUAACUGAGUUGCCAUUCUUUGCUUCCAGAGUUAAGCUUGGGAAGAAUGGCGUUGAGUCCAUCAUUUCUUCCGACCUGGAGGGACUGACCGAGUAUGAGGCCAAUGCACUCGAGGCAUUGAAGCCUGAGCUGAAGGCCAGCAUCGAGAAGGGCAUUGAGUUUGCGCACAAACAGCAGGGAGCCGCGGCGUCUGUUUGAAGUGAGGAGUACGACAAUUCCAUACGAAGAGAAGGCGAAAUGAUUCUUCUUGUCUUCUAGUUUUGCAGCCUAGAGUGUUGACAUGUAGCAGUAUGCCCUGGAGCAGCUAUAUUUCUCAAUUGUUGGUCAGUUUGUUAUGAUUCCAGUUUACAUGAGGGCGUGUAGCCCCAAACUUGCACCCUGUUCUGGGUCCUUUGUUUUGUUUGACACAUAAAUUUUGGUCCUUAUUCCAUCUACUGUUCUUGUAGCUUCUGAAGUUGAUGAACUGUGGAAUAGUAAUAAAGCACAUCUUUGAUCAA